UCGUUCCCCCUCGACUUCUCAUCGUUCACACUCAUCGCGUCUUACUCUGCUCGACUUCUUCACUUCUCUUUCUCUCUCUAAUUAUACGAGAAGAGAAGAGAAAAAGCCAGCAGAAUUCUGAGCCCUUUCUCUUUGAGCUUUUCAUUUUCUUGAAAGAUACAAACAUCAGUCCUGUCAAAUUCAACACACUUACAGAACCAUGCAGAAAGCGGUCCUUGUUGGGCUAAAAGGGAUUCAUCUUUACGUUGCUCUGCUUCUUGUUUUGAUGACGAGUCAGAAAGCGGUGUUGAAGCUGGAUGUGCACAACAACAAGGAAAAGAGGAAGGCCAUGAAGAUAGUCUCCGGAUUUGCAGGGGUCGAUUCGAUCGACAUAAACUUGAAGGAUCAGAAGCUGACGGUGGCGGGAACUGUGGAUCCGGUGGAGCUCGUGGGGAAGCUGAGGAAGGUGUUUAUCACGGACAUAAUCUCGGUCGGACCGGCCAAAGAUGCUCAGAAGAAGGACGGCGACAAGAAAGACGAUCCGGAUAAGAAGAAGGAAGGUGACAAGGGCGGCAAAGACUCGGCAAAAGUCGCCCCGCUUCCAUUCUAUUAUCAGCCUCCUCCACCACACCCAUACUACUAUCGAAACUAUAGCACAGAAGAAUAUCCAAAUAGCUGCGUCAUCUGCUGAUUCGACGUUUUGCUCAGAUCUUCUGCAUAAAAUGAGUAGAUUUGGCAAGAGAGAACAUACUGAAAUCGGGUCAAGCGUCUGAUAGUUAUCUUCACCGCUUCUGCUGAAGAUUAUUAUAGCUUAAAGUUCGUCUGUACAUAGGUGUGUGAAAUUCUGGGGUUGGUCGUUCUUUUAUGUCUAAUUGAGUAUCUUGAGUGAUCUCGGAUUUUGCUUUCAAGGAAUAUGCUUCUCUCGAUUCAAUCUUUC